UUUUUUUAUUAUUUUCAAUGACUUCUCCUUUGUGUCUGACAUGCUCGUAUUUUUGUCAUUAAUAUUAACGCAAUAAGAAGAAAUUUUUGAAAUCUUAUGAAGAAAUAUCAGUCUAUAAAUAUAAAUAAAUAUAUUUUGAUGUAAUAAUUAAAAUUUACAGUGAAAAUUAAAACGUUUGCAUGGAACUAAAAAUUUAUCAGCAAGUAUUGAAGCAAUUUCUGGUAAAUCCGCCAUAGUUUUCAUAUAUAAUAUAUAUUUUUCGAGAUUACGACGUACGAAUGUGAACAUCCGGUAUGCAAUAAAUUUUUAACAAACACCAUCAUCACAACGACCUUUUGAUCAUCAGUUUGACGUCAAAUGUAAAAUAUAUAUGUAUACAAAAUAUUUGUGAGUGAGUUUAAAUUUGAUUUGAAUGAUAAUAAGAUAGAAUCACAUGGAAUAAAUUCAAGAAUCUCCAUUGUGGUACAGAGUUUUUUCUAGAACGUUACUUGUGUCGAUAAUAAAACUGACAGUUUAUCUUCUCGGUAUAUAUUUUAAAAGUUAUUUGGGAGUGGCAGUAUUUACAAUAUAUAUAUAUAUAUGUAUACAUCUGCGUAAAAUUAUUGAAUGGCAUUUAAAGUAAUUAAUAAAUCGAUAAAUAAAAUUUAAUUAUUUAUAUUCGUAAACAAGAUAAGAGAUUAAUCAAGAGGACAGUAUCAAAUCCAGACGAGUGACAAACAACCUGCUGACAACUGUCUGGUAUAUUAUUGUGAUGCGGAUUUAUUUACUGACAAGAGUCUAGAGUAAUUAACUCGAGACGGAGAGGAUGCCGGUUAAAGUUGAUGUCGUUCCGCCACCACCAGCAAAUUCAAAACAACCAGGAGUUACUAAGUCUCUUCUUUACAAUGGCUCCAGGUUCCAAGGCUCACAGAAGUCCAAAGGCAACAGUUAUGAUGUUGAAGUAGUUUUGCAGCAUGUUGAUGAAGAAAACAGCUACUUGUGUGGAUACCUGAAAAUAAAAGGUCUGACGGAAGAAUUUCCUACACUUACAACAUUUUUCGAUGGAGAAAUAAUCUCGAAAAAGUAUCCCUUUCUCACGAGAAAGUGGGAUGCUGAUGAAGAUGUUGAUAAAAAACAUUGGAGUAAAUUUGAAUCUUUUUGUCAAUAUGCAAAAACUUUUAACUCUGACACAUUUGACUAUGAAGCACUCAAAGGAACAGACUUUGUUUUUAUGAGAUGGAAGGAACACUUUUUAGUUCCAGAUCACACAAUUAAGGACAUUAACGGAGCAUCAUUUGCUGGAUUUUAUUAUAUUUGUUUUGAAAAGUCUGCAGCCUCUAUUGAGGGUUAUUAUUAUCAUCGAAGUUCUGAAUGGUAUCAGUCUUUAAAUUUAAGACACGUCCCAGAACAUAGUAUACAGAUAUACGAAUUCAGGUGAAAUUGAUGCAUGAAACUGCAACAACAUCUUUUUAUGUUUUCUGUCUUAUUUUUUUUAAGCAAACAGAUCUCAUAUUAAAAUUCGAAAAACUUUAGCAUUAAGAUUUAAUUGACAAAAUUCAUUUGGUUCAAGACCUUGUUACGAGUUGAUUAUAAAUGAUAAUUUCAAAAAUUUAUAAUUUAAAAUAAAUAUUUAUAUUGAGAAUUUUUUAUAUUGGAGAACAGAAAAAAAUCGUGAUAUCGAUGAGGAAUUUUGUGCCUCGACGCGUACUACGCCACUGUAAUUAUAAACUGUAAGAGAUUUUAUUAUUUUAAUAAAUUGAGUAAUGUUUUUUCAUAUA